UGCUGUUACUGUUGAGUUAUCAACGACCAGUGACCGAGAAUAGAGUACAAACAGAAGAGAGGAGGAAGAGAACCGAGAGGCAAGAUAAAGCGCUGCUUGUUCCCGUGAGUGUGCAUGUUUCGCGAAAGAGGUUGAGAAGAUGUUUAAUUUUAUGAAGAAGGCGACGGAGAAGGAAGAGAAGGAUAAGAGAAAGAGGGAGAAGAGGGAGAAGAAGGACGUUAAGAAGAGGGACAGGGGUAGCAUGUCCGCCGAGGAGCUGCUCAGAUUGGACGAGAUGCGAAGGUCAUUAAAGAUUCGAGGUCGCCGCAAAGAGAAGGAAAAAUUGCCAAGCGGCAUCACCGCUGACUACAGUGCGUCGUUUUUCGCCCAACUAGAUCGCGACGUUCUUGACGAUGCCCAGAGUAUCGUUAAUGCCAACUCUGGGGUGGGCCGCACCCCCGAGGGCCUCACCCAGAGCGAUUCGUCCGAAGCAUCCUUGACAUCACUUACGAAUUCUGCGGGGGGAAAGAACUUGCCACCGCUGCCCCCGAAGCCACCGAAGCGCGGAAUACUUAAGGGGCCUCGAUUGAACGCCGGCUCGUCCUCGAAUAAUAGCUCGGAUGUCCUGGUGUCGCCUACCUCCACGCCCUCGUCGAUGAUCUUUCAAAAUGGCUCUAAUCAAGACAACCACCACGAGGCGAAUAAUCUUCUUGUGCGAAAUACCUUGCAAAACGAAGUCAUAGCUUAUCAAAAUCUACCCUUGCAGCAAAGGCAAGGAAGAGAUGAUUUGCAACUGAUAUACAGCGAGGAAGAAACGUAUCAGGUGCAACAGAGUCCGCAACAGUCGCAUCAUCAAUUCGGUAACUCUGGUCAGCAGGAUUCUAAGCUUCUACAUGUAAUGACGAGUGCGAGCCCCUCGGCUGACUCCCUCACAGACACAACCAACUCCAGCUUUGCGACUCCGCCGUUCAGCUUGUCGCCAGUUGGCGAAUCCCAGGGAUUUUCUCGCUGGCGCAGCUCCGGUUCCUUUGAGGACCAGGGGGUUCUCGAUCUCAGUCUGCCAGAGAUCGUGCCCCUAGAGCUACCGGAGCCCCGGAUGCUCGUCAUACAACGGCAGCCGCUUCCGAGGUCUGACUUUGGGUUCUCUUUGAGGAGAGCAGUGGUCGUGGAACGUUCGAUAUGUGGUAUAACGCAUAUGCGGUCGGUGAUAUUCGCCGAGCCAGGAGCACUGGUGCAGAACGUAAAUGACACGGGCCUAUUGCCCGGUGACCGGCUCAUAGAAGUGAACGGAAUCAAUGUCGAUGACAAGUCUAGGGAGGAGAUCAUCGAUCUUAUCAAGGGUUCCGCGGGUAGCGUCACCGUCAAGGUACAACCAGUUGCUGAGCUUUCGGAGUUGUCACGGAGGAGUGGCACCGACGGUCAAAAAGUUGAAUUGGCACCGGCCAAUAUCCGGGGUGGAACUUUACGUCGCUCCGGUAGUCUGCGCUUUCAUCAGAACAGGGUUGAUAUCUAA